AUGCAUGUUCCAUGGUUCUCGCGCAUCUCCGUCAACUAUAUAGUCGCCCUGCCAUGUUCACUCCUAGCACCCCACUCUUCUCUGUGCAGCAUCCACGAUACGAAAGCGUCGAAGAUUCACGUCACCUCAGCCCAUAGUCGUACGCGAAAGUUCAUGGGUAACGCCCAGAGUGCUGAACAGGAGGGCCACGAGAGAUGGCAGGCUGAAGAACGCGCUCGCGAGGAGCAGCGCAGGCGCGAACAGGAGGCCCACGAGAGAUGGCAGGCUGAAGAACGCGCUCGCGAGGAGCAGCGCAGGCGCGAACAGGAGGCCCACGAGAGAUGGCAGGCUGAAGAACGCACUCGCGAGGAACAGCGCUGGCGCGAACAGGAGGCCCACGAGAGGUGGCAGGCUGAGGAACGCGCUCGCGAGGAGCAGCGCAGGCGCGAACAGGCUGAACACGAAAGAUGGCAGGCUGAAGAGGCACGGCGCUGCGCAGACGAGGCGCGCCGACAAGCAGAGCAUGAGAGGUGGCGCAUGGAGGAAGAACAGAGGCGCAUUGAGAAUGAAAGAUGGGAGGCGGAAGAGAGCCGAAAACGUGCUGAAGAGGAGCUCCGACGUGUCGAAGAGGAGCGGCAACGCGCCGAGGAGGAGAGGCGACGUGCGGAGCACGCGAAGUGGGAAGCGGAGGAACAAAGGAGGCGUGCAGAUGAAGAGCGCCAGCGUGCAGAGGCUGAGCGGUGGCGUGCAGAGGAGGAAAGGCGUCGCUCGGACGAAGAGAAGCAGAGAGCGCAACAGGAGAAGGAGCGUGCAGAGGAGGCAAGCCGGGUGGCCGAAGCCCAGAGGCGCCAGGCCGAUGAAGAACGGAGACGUGCAGAAGAGGCUCAACGGCGGGCGGAGGAGGAAAGACGGCGAGCCGAAGAAGACAGCAAGAGAGCGGAGGAGGAGAGGCAGAGAGCGGAGGAAGCCAAGGAGAAGGCAAGGGCUGCUCAAGAAGACGCAGAACGAGCCUCUGCAGCGGCUGAGAGUGCGGCGGAAGAGGCUCAACUCGCACAGCAGGAGGCCGAGAAAAACUUGAAAGCCGGAAUACGUCCUGUAAUAUGGCCGACGGAGGAGGAGAUCCGCAUUCACAAGGAACGGCUGCAGUACCAUGAGGGGAGGCUACACUUCGCGGUCGCUGGCAUUGCAGGUAGUGGCAAGUCGUCGCUCAUCAAUGCUCUCCGAGGGAUCAGCAACAGUCACAAGGGCGCGGCGCGCGUUGGCGUCACCGAGACGACGAGGAUUGUCGCGCGGUACCCAGACUCGAAUUCUGAGAGGCCGUUCGUCUGGUACGACGUGCCCGGGGCCGGGACAUUGGCAAUACCCGACUGGCAGUACUUCAACGACUAUGGCCUCUACAUCUUCGACGCCAUAAUUGUGCUCUUCGACAACCGUUUCACUGAGACAGACAUCGCUCUACUGCGGAACGCGGCGCUUUUCCAGAUACCGACAUACAUCGUGCGCUCCAAAUCGACUCAGCACAUCGCGAAUCUUAUGAUGGACCUGGAUUUUGGGGAAGACGAAGACGAGGGCAGUUGUCUUACGACUGCGCGCCAGGCCUACAUUACGGAGACUCGAGACAGCGUUGCGCACAAUCUUUGCGAGGCAGAACUUCCUGGGCAGAGGGCCUACCUCAUUACGGCAAAGGAGAUCCUUUGUGAAGUGGUAAAGGGCAGCAUGCCGAAGGGCAUUAUCGACGAGGUCGAGCUGCUUGAUGAUAUGUUGCAGGAAGCGCAUUCUCAUCACUAA